GUUGUUUUAUAAAAUUCUGUUUGCUGUGGCGGCUUUGUAAAGUGCGAUGAGAAAAUAAAUUUUAAUACAAAUGUACAAACGCUGACGUAGUAAUUUUUUGUUUUUUGAUUUAUAAUAAUAAAAAAAAGCCGGAAAUUUUUUUGUGUAGUGUUUUGCAAAAAGUUCAAGAAAAUUUUAUUAAACUUGCAUGUUUAAAGUACAAAUUUAGAGAAAAGUGUAUGUAGUUUGUAUUAAACAAAAAUACUCAAGAUAUUUUGCUGAGUAAUAGCCCAUUAAAUUUUAAAAUAAAGAUAAAGAAAAUUAAAUUUAUUUAAAAAAAAUCAUGACGAAGACAGAUGUACGCAAACGUAAGCUAAGCACUAGUGAUGACAAAGCUAAUGCUACAAGUUCUUCUAGACGCAAACCAUCCGCUUCCGGUGGCUUACCCAAGGGUCUUAAAAUAUCAUUUUUAUGCUUGAUUAUUUCAGUAGUUUUAUUGUUAGUGGGUUUUGGUUUAUAUAUUGACACCACCAGUCCAUUUUUAGUGCAAUUGGCGUCCAAAUUGGGUUACAAUAAAAAUCAAUAUGCUGUGAUUAUAGAUGCUGGCUCAACGGGUAGUCGUGUUUUGGCCUAUAAAUUCGAUCGUAGUUUUAUAGAUAAUAAACUAGUUUUAUCCGAAGAACUUUUUAAGGAACGCAAACCCGGCCUCUCCUCUUUUGCUGAUGCGCCCGAAAAGGGAGCUCAUUCCAUUAAAUUAUUGCUAGACGAAGCCCGUGCUUUUAUACCCAAAGACAAAUGGUCUUCCACGCCCUUAGUAUUAAAGGCCACCGCCGGUUUGCGUCUGCUGCCACACAGCAAAGCAGAAAAUAUUUUAAAUGCCGUUCGCAAUCUCUUCACCAAGUCCGAAUUUAGCGUAGAAUUGGAUGCUGUGGAAAUUAUGGAUGGAACUGAUGAGGGCAUCUUCUCCUGGUUCACAGUGAAUUUCCUUUUGGGACGUCUUUCGAAAACCAAUCAAGCUGCAGCUUUGGAUUUGGGUGGUGGCAGUACACAGGUGACCUUUUCACCCACUGAUCCCGAACAAGUACCCGUCUACGAUAAAUACAUGCAUGAGGUUAAUACUUUGCAUAAGAAAAUCAAUGUUUUCACUCAUUCCUAUUUGGGUUUGGGUCUGAUGGCCGCCCGUCAUGCUGUCUUUACCAAGGGUUAUAACAACGAAGACACCAGCCUCGAAUCCGUAUGUGUUAAUCCCAUUAUUUCGAAUAGAACCUGGACUUAUAGCAAUGUGGCUUAUAAAAUAUCGGGCAAAGAUCAUGCUAAAUCCACUCAAGAAAAUCCCAUAGUAGAUUUUGAUAGCUGUUUGGAUUUGGUUAAGAGCAAGGUGAUGCCCUUGGUUAAACCCAAGCCAUUUACCUUGAAACAGCAUACCAUAGCGGCAUUUAGUUAUUAUUUCGAAAGAGCCACAGAAUCUGGUCUAAUCGAUCCAUUUGCGGGUGGUGAAAUAACAGUGGAAGCUUUUCGUAAAAAGGCUCAAGAGGUGUGUGCUAUACCUAAUGAUGAGCAGCCUUUUAUGUGCUUUGAUCUCACCUAUAUAUCGGUGCUAUUGCAUGAAGGUUUUGGUUUGGGUGAAGGCAAAAAGAUUAAGUUGUACAAAAAAAUCGAUGGCCAUGAAAUCUCUUGGGCUUUAGGCUGUGCCUACAACGUUUUAACUAGUGAUGAUAAAUAUAAUUCUUAAACUUAGUCAGCUAAUUUGUUAAUUUUUUUCUAUUCUUUAUACUCUUUUGUAAAUGUUUUGCAAAUUUUAUAAUAGUGCCUUAGGAUUUUAGCUUUUUUCUUCUUUUCUCCUUUUUUUAUUUUAUUAUGGGCCAGUGUAGUAUUUUUGUUAAUAGCUCUUUUUUGUUUUAAGUAAAAUAUUUAGCAGAUUUUCUUAAAGGAUUUAAUAUGUAUCACUAACACAAAAACUAUGUUGUAUAUAGUUUAAUUUAUUAAUAUAUUAGUUUUUCACCAUUUUUGAUGUACUCUGUUAUUAGUAGACAAUGAUUUAAUAAUAAACAAAAAACAUAUUUGCAAAAGACAAACAUUAUCUUAGAUUAAUUUUAAAAUUUUAUUUAAAAUAAUAAAAAAAUCAAUUUUAAUCUGCAAGAAA